GACGAGCGGUGAGAGUAAGAGAGACAUUCAGUGUAGUAUAUAUCCCUACUGAGCCUGAGCGUUAAACGUGUGUGUGUGCCUUGCACAAGGGCUUUCCAGUGUGUGUAUCGACCCGGUGUGAUGAUCGCUGAAUGUCCUCAGAGCGCCGAUACCCGGGGCCGCUCCCGGUAUCACAGCCAGAAUGGGGAACAGAACCAGCCGAACCGCUCUGGUUUACUGUCCGAGAUCCAAACUCCCAUCCGGACCGAGCCUUUUAGCAACAGCUACAGCCUCAUCCCAGGGAAAGAACUGGGCAGGGGUAAAUUUGCUGUGGUGAAGAAGUAUGUGAAGAAGAGCACAGGGAAGGCGUAUGCUGCUAAAUGCAUGAGAAAGAGGAGAAAGGGACAAGACUGUCGGUUGGAGAUUAUCCACGAGAUUGCCGUCCUAGAGCUGGCCAAAUCCAACUGCUGGGUCAUUGACCUACAUGAAGUCUACGAGACCUCCUCAGAAAUGAUCUUGGUGCUGGAAUAUGCUGCUGGUGGUGAAAUAUUUAACCAGUGUGUCGCUGACCGAGACGAGGCCUUCAAGGAGAAAGAUGUUAAACGACUAAUGAAGCAAAUCUUGGAAGGUGUAGCAUUCCUACACCAAAAUAAUGUGGUCCACCUUGAUUUGAAGCCUCAGAACAUUCUGCUAACCAGCGAGUCACCUUUGGGAGAUAUCAAAAUAGUUGACUUUGGGCUUUCUAGAAUAAUGAGCAGCAAUGAGGAGCUGAGAGAAAUCAUGGGAACACCCGAGUAUGUGGCUCCAGAAAUUCUGAAUUACGAGCCAAUCAGCACAGCAACAGACAUGUGGAGUAUAGGUGUGCUGGCCUAUGUGAUGCUUACAGGGACAUCCCCUUUCCUGGGAGAAGACAAACAAGAAACCUUUUUGAAUAUUUCCCAGAUAAAUGUCAGCUACUCUGAAGAGGAGUUUGAAGGAAUCUCCAGGUCAGCGAUUGAUUUCAUGAAGGCACUUCUAAUUAAAGAACCAGUAGACAGAGCCACAGCUGAGGACUGCCUGCAGCAUCAGUGGUUACAGCAAGAACAAGCAGAGGCUUCAGAAGUAGCAAGUCCCAGCGAAAGCAUCCCUGAGGAAGUAAGUCCAGUCUCUCCCCCUGAGGAGCCAGAGGCACAGACUUCGGUGACAGAGGAGUUAAUUGUCAUGGCGGCAUACACACUUGGACAGUGCAGGCAGUCAGAAAAGGAGAACAUUACCUCUGAUCAAAAGGCCAUCUCUAAACGCUUCAAAUUUGAAGAACCUUUCAGCUCGCUGCAGGAGAUUCCGGGAGAGUUCAUAUAUUAAUAUAUUUCACCAAGGACACUACGUUUUGACUUCUAAAAGCCAUUGUAAAAAUAUUCCUUCUUAACUUGAAGGUCAAUUAUUACUGGUACUCUUGGGUUUACAUUCAUAUUCACAUUUUCCACAAAAAUAUGCUUGGUAAAGGCUAAAUGUUUUGAAAAUAAACAAGGCACAACUGCACAUAGAUCUAGCCAGACAUUUUACAAUAGUAGUGAUUUAGAAAAGAAACCAUGGCACUGUAAAUAAAUUUAAGGUUCCAAACCUGAGUGCCCAGUCAUUUGUUACUAGUGUUAAAUUUAUAUUUUAUAACAUUCCUUAAGCUUAUGUUCAUUUUGUACAGUAAUGUGUUUUGUAAGCUUAUCAUUAAAAAAUGUAUACUAUAUUUUGAAUAUUAUUAUAACUAUUGCUGUUACAAAGUUGAUUUUUCUGAAAGUCUGAAAUGGCCGCCUCUUGCUCACAAUGCUCUUCCCAAUUACAUUUCUUAAAAUUAACUUUGUGUAACACUUUCUAUGCCUAUUACAGGUUACUAUUUUGUAUAAUAUUUUGGGGAGGACUGGACAUUUUUGUAUUAAGUUGUGUUCAAUUUUGAUAGCUUGUAACUUAUGAAAGGUAUUUUUGACAUUCUAUUAAUUACAAUAAAAUGUAUGUAAUAGUCUUAUGUAUGUAUGUAAUAUCUUAACAAAUGUCAGAACUGAAAAUAUUUAUAAACUAAAUCAGAGAAGGCUAGUCCCACCAGUGUAGUGGGAUAGACAAAUAAAGGUGAAGGGAAAACUAGGAAGACAACUAUUAAUCCAAUUAAUGCUCUCCCUUUUAAAAUCCAACAUUUCAGUGUUACCUGUUUUCAUUAGACAUCAUUCAAAUCUAGUAGUUCCAGUGAAGUGACACACAUUGUGUGUUCAUUCAGUUGAAAUGUUGCAAUUAUUACUUUACAAAAAAUACCCAAACACAUAGGUAUUCCUCAUGACAACAGCAUGUAUUGAAAUAUGCUACAGCUUGCUUUUGUGGUCCUCUGUUGGUAAUCUCUUCCAAGAUCAGUUCUGGCAUAUACAGCAUAUUUUGGAUGUUCCCUAUUCCCUUCCCACUAUGGUUAAUUUGUGUUUAUUUUAUAUAUAAUUGAAUUAUGUAAUAAGUGAGGGGAAAUGUACCUUCCUCAGGUGUAUAUUUAAACACUGUCAUAUGUUGGUAUUGUUUUUCUUCAAAAGUAACAAAAUAAAUCCAAAUGAGAAUAUU